GUCAAGCCAUUCCAAUGAAGAGUCUAUUGAUGUAUCACUCAAGAGUUUGCGUCUCUCACGAUGGCAACCAUCAGCCAUAGCUCAGCUAGCCACCGAAACAACGAAAGUGAAGGACCCUGCACUAUUAUAGCCAUCAAAGAUCAAGAGGAUGAAUAUAUAAGUCGAGCAUAUCCAGACCAAGAUCUGAUUUUAAUUUCUCACCACUCAUCUAAUUCUCACGGCAACAAUCAUUACUCAAAUCAAUUCUCUCUAGCAACUCACACAUAUCAUCAUUCAAUAUGGUUUUCAAGGGCGUCGGUACCUACGAGAUUGUGCCAUACCAGGCUCCAACUCUUAACCUCAAUGCUUGGGAUGGCUUGCUCACACCUGGAGCGGUUGUCAGAACAUACGCUCGUGGUGAUAAACCAAGCGAUAACGCCAAGUGGCAGGUAGCACUCGUUGCUGGCUCCGGGGAUAGCGCUGAGUAUUUGAUCAUCAAUGUUCGCAGCGGUUUCUUCCUCACCGCGACUGGCGACAACAAAAUUGUUUCCACUCCUCAAAUCUCCCCAACUGAUCAGUCUGCCCGCUGGACCAUCAAGGCCUCAACAACCAAUGGAUACGAAGUCUUCACUAUCAACAGCAAGAUCUCCAGCCGUGGCCAACUCUCUGUAAAAGAUUUCGGCACCCAAAGUGGAGCUGAUAUCCUCUCCGCAACUACAAAGAAUGAGGAUAACCAGAAAUGGUAUUUCGAUCCCAAGUAAAUAGCAAGGGUAUUAUCUAUACUAGCGGGUAGCCUGAUUUCGAAUGAAUGGAAUUCAAUACACUCUUUUUGGUAUCUGUAUACAAAUUUAGGUAGCAAACGAAAAUACAAUAGUCUUUUCUCGAUCAUUUGACCAUAGAGAUGGUUCUACGACCAUCAUUAUAUUUUCUUAAUUACACAUG